CACAAUAAUGCAGAUAGCUCUGUAUGUACUGGACUGCCUCUUCUGGGAUGAAACAACAAAACAGUGGUCAAGGAACGGCCUUUUGUUGGGAAAUGUGACGUCCUUCUUGGAGGCCCCAUGUCACUCCACACAUCUCACUACAUUUGGAACCAACGUGUUUGUCCCACCCAACACCAUAGACUUCAACACCGUGUGGUCCAAGUUCUCCGCUGACAACGUGGCCGUCAUAGCUACCGUGGGUUCCCUGUUUGUGGUCUAUUUCCUUGUCCUUCUAUAUGUCCGCAGAGCUGACAAGAGAGACAUGAAAAAGUGGGCUAUUUACCCCUUGUGUGACAACCUGUCUACAGACAGAUACAACUACCAGAUGACAGUGUACACAGGACUGAGGCAGAACUCCGGCACAACCUCGAAAGUCUUCUUUGUCCUUGGUGGGGAGGAUGGUGACACCGAAGUCAGAGCAGUGGAUGACAGUCAAUCACGGCCGCUGAGCCGUGGGAGUGUCAAUAACUACCUGCUGAGUGUGCCCUUUAGCCUUGGAAACCUCGUAUUCCUACGUGUCUGGCAUGACAACUCUGGGAAAGGCAACAAUGCUGAUUGGUUCCUUAAUAUGGUGCUUAUCAAAGAUCUUCAAAACAACAACAAGUAUGUGUUCCUGUGUAACCAAUGGCUGGCCGUAGAUAAAGCUGACCUAGAGAUAGAACGUCUACUUCCUGUUGCUGCACAGUCAGAACUGAACAACUUUGACCAUUUGUUUUACACAAGGACACGACAGGAUCUGACCGAUGGUCACCUGUGGAUAUCUGUCCUGUCUCGUCCAACCCAGAGUGUAUUUACUCGUGUACAGAGGUUAUCCUGUUGUCUGUCCCUUCUCUUCCUCACAAUGGUAAGCAAUGCCAUGUGGUAUGGUACUAUAGACACAACCCAACAACAGAACGUCCAUCUUGGUCCGCUCAGCUUUUCCGGCCAGGAGCUGAUCAUCAGUAUAACAGGCAGUAUCAUCGUUGUACCAGUCAGUAUCAUCAUAAUCACCUUCUUUAAGAAAGCUGAGAGACGUUUAUCAAAGUACAAAGUUAAUGACACUCAACAGACUGAACUUAAAGAUGAAGAAUCAAUCAGACAUGAAAAAAUGUUGUCAAAGAAAGGGCUGGAGCAGUACUGUUCGGAUGAGUGCUCAGAGGAGCGUGAUGGCUGUGUUACCCCGAGUGUAAUAGACACAGCUCUAGUCCAACCAUUUAAUGCAUACAAGUCAUGGGCAGACUUUGAAAAUAAAACAAGUCGUCUUAUUAAUAGCAGAAAAAAUCAGCAGAAGACAUCUGAGGGAGGGAAGAAGAAGAGGAAGCAACUGCCAUUUUGGUGUCUAUAUGUAGCGUGGGCUCUGGUGGUGCUGUCUGUCCUGGCAUCCGCCUUCUUUGUUAUCCUCUACAGUAUAGAAUGGGGGUCAGAGAAGUCUACUCGAUGGCUCACUGCCUUUUUCCUGUCCUUCAUAGAGUCUGUCCUUUUCAUACAGCCACUCAAGGUGAUAGCAGUGGCUCUUGUUCUCAUCCUGGUGUUCAAGCAUGUUGACGAUGAUGAUGAAGAGGCAUAUGUAAACGAAAUUGUCUUACCUGACAAUGUAUCUAUGGUAACAAAUCCACAAUCACCAUCUUAUCCAGCUCAUCGACGUCCAUACAAAGCCAAAACUGCCAACUACAGUCAUUUAGAAAGUGCAAGGCAACAUCGAAAAAGAGUAAAUCGCCUUUUUAACAUUGGGCGUGAGUUGGGGGCAUACAUUGUAUAUCUUGUAGUGGUCUGUAUCCUGACCUAUGAGAACCGGAGCAAGAAUGCAUAUCCAACCUUCUCUCACCUAGAAAACCUCUUCCUGAAGCCUCCCAUGAAAUACCAGCCCAGCUUUAUCAAUAUUUCCUCAGCUGAUUAUUUCUGGAACUGGGCUAAUGACAUACUGAUUCCUGGACUUUACUCGGGUGGCCUUUACUCUGGGAAUGACUCUGCAGAUUAUCAAGGUUACCUUAGUGACAAUAUCCACUACAGAGUCGGUACACCCAGACUAAGGCAGGCCAGGAUAAAGAAAGCUGACUGUAGAAUUCCUGCAGAGUUCAAGCGUUUUUUCAAGGUGUGUUACCCUGACUAUGGACUAGACACCUACGACACUGAGAGUUAUGGUGAGGGGUGGGACACAGUAUCCUACAACAACACGAGCCAGGCUUGGAAGUACAAGGACUCCAAACAACUCAAUGGCUACCCUGUGGUCGCGACAUACGACUCGUACGGUGGCGGUGGUUACGUUACCACCCUUGGUAACACUAAUGAUACAGCUGCUGCUACUUUUGAUUACCUACAUGGUGCCGGGUGGAUUGACCGCAACACUCGCGCAGUCAUGGUGGAGGCCAACAUCUACAACCCAAAUGUGAACCUUUUCUGUGUACUGUGCCUUGUGCUUGAGUUCCCAGCCUCAGGAUCAAUCAUCCCUUACGCUCAGAUCACACCUGUCAUACUUUACCGAUAUGUAGGCGCGUCAGCUCUCUUUCUACUCAUCUUCGACUUGAUAUUUGUGGCAUUUACGUUGUAUUACCUGUAUAUCUUGGUGAAUAAGUUGAAACAAGAGAAAUUUAGUUUCUUCAAACAAUUUUGGAACACAAUAGACUUUAUCAAUAUGGCAUUUUCCAUCACUGCAUGUGCUUUUUAUGGAAUGCACUUCAUCAUGGUACAAUUGACUGCCAGUGACUUCCAUAGAAACAGAGAUGCCUAUUUAAACCUUCAGCACAUUGUAUUGUGGGAAGCCUUAUUUGGAUACAUGCUAGCCUUCCUUCUGUUCCUGUCCAUGCUCAAGUUACUGCUGAUUCUUCGCUUUAAUCCCAAAAUAACCCAGUUGUCAGGUACACUGAGGAAGGCAAAGGGUCCCAUCACAAACUUCAUGGUAGUGUUUGUCCUCACUUUCCUGUCAUUCGCUCAGUUUGGCUACCUAGUGUUUGGAGGGGUGGACCGUGGCUAUUACACGUUCAUCACAACUCUUGAAACGCUCAUGUCCAUGCUGAUGAUGAAGAUGGAGAUUGAUAACAUGAUCAUGGUCAAUGGACUGCUUGGAUCUCUCUUUCUUUUCCUCUUUGUACUGGUGAUAGUCUUCAUCCUCAUCAACAUGCUGUUGAGCGUGAUCAAUGAUGCGUUUACCGAGGUGCGUAAGGAUCCAUCAUUCCUGCCAGACGACCCUGCCAUGGCUACUUUCCUACUCGACCAAAUCAAAGCCUUUAUCUUGGGUUAUUCUAAAGACUCCGCAAAGAAGAAGGGAGCAGAGACAACGAAAGAGAGCGAGAAAGACCUGGAGGGAAAAAUAGAUGACCUUGACCUACGAUUGCGGACAUUCCUUCAAGCUCUUCAUAGGGACAGAGCUUAACAUUGUGUUUGGUUGUAGAAAUGUCCUGAUGCCUAGCAAUGUAUACAGUGACUACUCAUUAUAUGUGUUUACAAAUAUGAAAAAAACUUUGAAUAUCUGACCUAUUGUAAUUUACUGUAAAUGAAUAUCAAUUGUAAUGUAAGUAUUCUAUUUGUCUAGAUUAAUGAUCAGCUUGUUUAGUGACAGACAAUAUCCAAAGUAGCGCUGAAUAUAAACAAUAUGUAAGUGUCAGAGACUUACUACAUGUAUCAAUUUUGAAGCUUUAUCAGAUUUGCUUAUCUAGAUGAAACAGUAGUAUUGACAGUUUUUGAAAGUGUGCCAUGAUGCCAUGGUUUUUCUCCAUGAUCACCUAUUGUUAUAUCAGAUAUACCAGAAACAAAAUGUAUUGACUAGUGUAGCUAGUUCUAAAGGCUGCUUAUGUCAAUAAAAGUGUGGAGUUUUGAAAUCAAAUACAAAAACAGAUUGAGAUAUGGUAAUCUGGACACCAGACACAGUAAUGUGGAGGGUAAUCUGGACACCAGACACAGUAAUGUGGAGGGUAAUCUGGACACCAGACACAGUAAUGUGGAGGGUAAUCUGGACACCAGACACAGUAAUGUGGAGGGUAAUCUGGACACCAGACACAGUAAUGUGGAGGGUAAUCUGGACACCAGACACAGUAAUGUGGAGGGUAAUCUGGACACCAGACACAGUAAUGUGGAUGGCAACUAAUCGUUCUCAUGACACUGGAAUCUACUACACACAUGCUAACCUUUAAAUCAGGUAGAUAUAACAGCUAGAUGGAUUAAUGGAAUACUGUGUUUAUUAUAUACCUGGUGAAUAAUACUAUAGUGAUACAGCUAGUUUCCAGGUUAUGUUAUACAAGGUCGUGUGUUUUACACUGUGAUGAUACAAGGCCAUGUAUUUUACGCUAUAAUGAUAAAAUGUCAGGUGUUUUACACUAUAAUGAUACAAGGUCAUGUAUUUUAAGAUUCUGCAUUAUUGCACCUCAGAUUAUUUUAAAGAGUUUUAGCCCUCAACUAAGAUAACCCUGUCUCACUUACAGGUAAAUGAUUUUAUUAGUCCAUCAAUAUUGCCCUGUUUCUCCCUUUAUCAUACAUCAUAUUGAAACAUAACCAAAUCAAAUUUAUUGUGUAAAUUAAUUGCAUGUUUCACAUUUCACACAGUGUUGGUAUUGUGGCUUAGUUGCAUUGUUACUCUGUAAUAAAUGCCCACUGACAUUUUGUUUGGCUUGGCUCUAAGUAACAUACACAUGUACUGUCUAAAGAAUAUUUGAUUUUACCCAUCAAAUUACAACAAUGGACUUUUUUUGUCCUAUAAAUAGAUUUUUUGUUUUGCUUGCUGACUUUUAAAUAAAGAUU